AUGAGCAACAACAACUACAACAAUCCCUACGGAAAUAACCCGUAUGCUGAAGAAGAACAGCCACACGAAUUAAACAACAUGAAUACAGGUUCUAGUAACAAUAACAACAAUGACUUUGUUGGUUUCAUGAAUAACAUUAACAGCGUUAACACUGAAUUAGAUCGUUAUCAAGGUAUCGUCAAUCAAAUAGAUGUUUUACAAAAGAAACUAUUGACUGAAGUGAGUGAAGAACAAGAAUUAACAUUAAGGCAUCAAUUGGACGAUUUGUCUGCACAAGCCUCAGAUUUACAAUAUACAUUAAAACAACAAAUUAAGGAAUGUCAGAGACAAGCCCUACACGAUAGUUCUAUGCAAGCUCAAGCUGAAAAUUCUAGACAAAAGUUUUUAAAAUUGAUCCAAGAUUAUAGAAUUAUCGAAGCUAACUAUAAAGAACAAAACAAAGAACAAGCUAUAAGACAGUAUAAAAUCGUCCAACCAGAAGCUACUGAUGAUGAAGUCGAAGCUGCUAUUAGUGAUGCUGGUGGCCAGCAAGUGUUUUCUCAGGCUUUAUUGAAUGCCAAUAGGAGAGGUGAAGCUAAAACUGCUCUAGCUGAAGUUCAAGCAAGACAUCAAGAACUUUUGAAAUUAGAAAAGACUAUGGCUGAAUUAACACAAUUAUUUAAUGAUAUGGAAGAACUAGUCAUUGAGCAACAGGAAAAUGUUGACGUUAUUGAAAAGAAUGUUUCCAAUGCACAACAAGAUGUUGAACAAGGUGUUGGUCAUACCGAAAAAGCUGUUGUUAGUGCUAGAAGGGCAAGAAAAAAUAAAAUUAGAUGCUGGAUUAUUGUUUUUAUAAUUUUUGCUGUUAUUGUCGUUGUUGUUGUCGUGCCAUCAGUUGUGGAAACUAGAAAAAAUUGA